CUGCUGAAAAGUCUGAAGAGGCUGUCUGAGUUGCCCAUCACAGUUGACAUUCUCGUGGAGACGGGUGUUGGGAAGACUGUGAACAGUUUACGGAAACACGAGCUUGUAGGAGACUUUGCGAAGAAUCUCGUAGCCAGGUGGAAGAAGCUAGUGCCGCUGUCCCAGGAGGCAGACAGAAACAACGUCGAUUCUGAAGACCGUGACUACGAGAGGAGCAGCUCAAACAAAAGACAUCAUGGAUCCUCCCUCGGAGAGGAUGAGGAACCUGACCAGGACUAUUCAGAUCCCUUCCAGCCGUCUUGCAGCCAGUCCUACAGCCCAGAUCACAGGGAAAAGAAGUCCAAAAGGUAUCCUAGGUCUGAGAGAGCCCACGAGACUUACGGCUAUAGCAGCCACGAGGGGAAGGGUUGGGGCAGAUCUUCCCCAGUGCUCUCCUCAGAUCAGGAGCACUCGGACUAUGGACAAGCUGUGUCACCUGAGGCAAGUGAGAGCCCUCAGGAUGCGUACACAGACCCUUACGGCUCUGAGGAGCAGGAAGAACCGACAGUGUUUCAUCGAAAAGCCAGUAAAGGCCACGGCUUUCAGGAGAAGGUGGGAGGAAGCCGGGAGAGGAACCCCAGUGAGUUCUAUGACAAAGGGAACAUGAGUCGAAGCAAAGAGCACAAGUCAUCUCACAAGAAGCAGCGACUUGAUGGCAGGGGGGACGACGGGCCCUCUGCCUUCAGCCCAGAGAGAUUGCACAAGACCUCUUUUAAAGAGCAGCUCCGAGAAGCCCCCAUGGUAGGGAGCAGCAAGGAGAAGCAGAGGAUGUCAGACGGCACCAAAAAGGAGAAGAACCGAGAAAGCGGCGCCUCCAGAAAGGAGAAGUUGCACAUGUCGGCACACUUGGAAGAGUCCUUGGACAACCACGUUAAGAAACAAAAACAUCGGGACUCUGAAAAAAGCAAAUUGGAAAAGCCCAAGCUGAGCUUGGUGACCUCUAACACAGAGCGGGAGAAACAGAAAGCUGAGAGUGACUCGUCAAAUAGGAUUAAAGAAAAGGGGAUUUCUGGGAGCUUAAAAUCUUCAGGGAGGAAGCGUAAAGCCUCCGACGUGGACAAAAAGUCAGUGGGCUUUUCCUCCAAUUCUGGGGACGGGGAAGCGGAGGAUGAAUUUGAACAGCCUACAAUGUCCUUUGAGUCAUACCUCAGCUAUGACCAGCCCCAGAAAAAGAAAAAGAAAGUGGUCAAACCCUCUGUGUCGGCUGGGGAGAAGGACCGAGCACACAGCAAGCAGAACGGAUCCAAAGCCAGUGCCAACAGCUCAACCUCGAGUCAGAAGAGUCCAAGCCACAAGCGAACAAGUGAGAAGGUGGCAGAGAAGGACCCACCAGAGGCUCCUAAACCAAAGAGGAUCCUUUUAGAUGUCAUACCAACAUUACCAGACAUCCCGCUGCCCCCAAUCCAGGCCAACUACCGCCCUCUUCCUUCAAUCGAGUCCGUUACCUGCUCCCAGACGAAAAGGAGAGCAGUGUCCUCGCCAGUUGAAGAGAGCGAAGCAGGUUUUACAGGUCGCCGGUUGAAUUCCAAGAUGCAAGUGUAUUCAGGCUCUAAAACUGCCUACCUUCCAAAGAUGAUGUCCUUGUACCAGCAGUGUAUCAGAGUCCUCAGUAAUAACAUCGACUCCAUCUAUGAAGUGGGUGGUGUCCCUUUCUCUGUGCUGGAGCCAGUGUUGGAGAGAUGCACCCCAGAGCAGCUGUAUCGCAUUGAGGAAUGUAACCAUACCCUCAUUGAGGAAACAGAUCAACUGUGGCACAAUCACUGUCUCCGAGACUUCAAGAACGACAAGCCAGAAGAGUUUGAGUCCUGGCGGGAGAUGUACCUUCGACUGCACGACGCGCGAGAGCAGCGGCUGCUGAUGUUAGCACGGAACAUCGGCUCAGCUCAUGCCAACAAACCCAAAGGUAGAGUGGCCAAAAUGGCCUUUGUGAACUCUGCAGCAAAGCCCCCUCGGGAUGUACGAAGGAGACAAGAGAAGUUUGGAACUGGAGGACCUCUGAUGCCAGAGAAGACCAAAAUAAAACCAGUCCUGUAUGCAUCUAGCAAAAGGCACGCCCGUGCGAGCGAGGAGCAGUCCUAUGAUGGGCCCAGCACGAGCAGCGCCCAUUCUGUCCCAUCUUCAGGUAGCACCUUCUCCUCCUACGACCCCAGGAAACCACCAGUGAAGAAAAUUGCACCCAUGAUGGCAAAGACUAUCAAAGCUUUCAAAAACAGGUUCUCUCGGAGAUAAGUUUGCAGUGUAGAUCUGGGAUUUUCCUUCUCGUGGGGGAGAAGGUACCCAAACAACCCUUUUCUUUGAACCCUGCGAAGGCUGCAGCUGCUGAGAGAAUCUUCGAUCUGCAUAAGACGACAGCACAGUAUUUUAUCUUUUAUUCUGGUCCCUUUCUCAGUGUCAAGCCCUCCUC